UAUAUAUUCACACGUGCACAUGACGCCACACAUAAAAAUGCAACCGAAAUUGCUCAAUGUGAAUAGAACGCGGAAUCAGCCAAAGAAACGCAAGAUUACUCUUGUAUUUGAUGAGAACAAGAGACGAGAAUUUCUGAAGGGGUUUCGUAAAAGGAAAUUACAAAGGCAACAGAAAGCUAAAGACGAAUUGCAACAACAAUUAAAAGAAGAACGAAAAAGAAUUAAACAUGAGGCACGAGAACGUUAUAAAAAGCUAUUAUCAAGCCGUGAUGUUCCUGAAAUUCAACAACUACUAUCUCAAGAAGAAUAUGAAACAGAAGGACAUACUGUCAGUAUUUUGGAAUUAAAUGUUGCAGAUCUAGCAGAGAAGAAUGCAUUAAUUGGUGAAAAUAAAGGCACUGAUGAAGUGGAAAGUAAUGAGACAGAAGAGAGUGAUAAAGAUUCUGAAAAUGAUGAAGAAAUUGUAGGGAUGCCUUUAAAUGAAAAGAAACAAACUAAAAGUUUGAAAGAAAAUGUAAAAGAGAAGCAAAUUGACAAUAGGAAAGAUUUAAAGAAAGCAGUAAAAAGAGCUGCAUUGAAACAAGUGAAGAAGAGUAAAGCAUUCCAACAAAAGCAGAAAAUGGAACGUCAAAAGAAUAAGAAAGAGAGUAUGAGGAAACGUAAAAGAGUUGAAAAAGCUAAGAAACGUAGUGGGAAAUUAAAAAAAAAGUUAAAUCAUUAAAUCAUCUCACAAAGUUCUUUUUUAGAUAUUGUAAAUAAAUAUAAUUUAUAAUAAACAUUUUUACAAUA